GUCCAGUACCUGAUAUGUACCUAUACAUGGGCCGAGAGAAUAUGGUCCGCGCCAACUACGACUUCGAGGAGAAAGAAGAACGCGACGCGAUUUCGCAUCCAUAUAUAUACUCAGAGUCCAGGACCGGUGGCGCGCAUCCAUUCACUUGAUUAGAAAUCCUAUCCCAACCUCCGCCUCCGCGCCCACGUCCAUCCACACCGGCACCUCCUCCUCCUCCUCCUCCUCCUCUUCUUCCCCCGAUAUCUUCACCUUCACCUGGCGCGCCUCUAAAUUGCACAUGCGCUUUCUUAGCAACCCUCCCUUCUUUAACCUGCAAUCUGCGCUGGCUAUCCAGGCACUCUCGUUUGUCCAAAGUGCGCACUUCUAUUCCCACCUCUGCAUGCGUCCGUAAAGUUUGCGACGCGCAUCGGAUCCAGGACUCAUGGCUUCCUGGAACCAACCAGAUGGUCUUUCUCCCUCGAAUACGCCUCCAAAUCCGAACAGCGGUGCUUCCUCCUUCACUACCCCACAAUGGAAUCCGGCCUCCCUUCUGAAUCCACGAGGUUUCCAUCAACCCCAGCAGAGAGUCGAGAAUAGCUUCACGAAUAACGGCCCAUCGCAAGGACUCGCCUUUCAGUUUGAUUCCCCCGGAGCUUCAUCCCAGCCAGACCUUCCGCUACAGUACAACAACGGCGCGCCUGAAGACUACGCAUCCUUCGCAAACGGAAAUGGGGGAGGCAUGAGCCACAUGCUAGAGCGCAUGCACAAUGUGGCGGGCCGCGACAUGUUGCCACAGAAACGGCGUAAGAUAUUCGAUGAUCGUCAGGACGAUGCAAGCAAGGCUGAAUUUCACGGUGGGGUAAAGGGUGGGGUCAUAGGAGAUUACCUGAGACAGAAAAGGGAAGAGGGACAGAAGGAAAAUAUCAGCCGAGGGACUGCGGUGGAUAUAUCUACGGUCGAUGACGAUGUUAUUGUGGUUGGCGACUCAGAUGAUAAGGAGGUCUGCUAUGGCCGCGUUGAAGGUGCUGAGAUAAACGCUCAUAGGGUCCCAACGCCCAAACCGGGAGUCCGAGCCAUUUCAGCUGGGUUUUGGCCGCAGGUCAAGAUCGUUCUUAGGCGACGGGUGGGGGAGAAGACUACCAUCAUAUAUGCCGUGGAUAAUACUCGAGAAAUUGUUGGCUGCUUGGAUGUCAAUACUUCUAUUGGCUUAGCACCCCUCCUCGAUUCAAAGUUGCGCAUUCGGACAGCGUCUCGAAUCCUUACACGACCAAGAAAGGAUGAUGAUCUUCCCCCCGGCUCAGAGGUAUCCUGCCGCUAUGGGUUGGAUUUGAAUUUGUACGGGCCCGAAAAGUAUGCUCUCCAGGUUGGCCGGCAUCUGUCUCAAAAGCAACUUUGGCUGCGGACGCCUCUAUUUGUGGAGGCCGGGAUUCGUGUUUAUAACCCUCACGAGAUACAGAAACCACCUACUCCGGCCCCAAGAUCUCUUGGGUCUUAUGGUAGUCGGAUGCAAGGCCCUACUCGUACAACGGAAGAAAUUCGAAAUGACGUCCUAGGCAUGUUCGACUCCUUAGAGAGAUCAGAGAAUCUACCAGAGAUGGAGCCAGAUCCUCGAAUCGUCACCGAGUUACUCAAGCAUCAAAAGCAAGGCCUAUACUUCAUGACAAACAAGGAAAAGGAACGCAUUUGGGGGGCCGAUGAGAAGGGAAACAGCUCUUUAUGGCGACUGAAUAUUGGCAACAAUGGCCAGAAAACAUACUACAAUGUCAUUACUGGACAAGAGGAGCGUGAAAGUCCGCCACAUGUUCAGGGUGGUAUUCUGGCAGACAUGAUGGGUCUUGGUAAAACCUUGAGUAUUCUCUCUCUAAUUGUCCACACUCUAGAUGAAGGCAGCGAAUGGGCAAAGUUAAGUCCCUGUGCCUCACAGCAGAGAGAGCAAUUGGAGUCCAGGAAAGGAAGGAACCCACCACUACCAGCCUGCGAGCCGACUGCGUUAGUUCAGAACUCCAGGGCAACACUUUUGGUUUCACCUCUUAGUACGAUAGCCAACUGGGAGGAUCAGAUCAAACAGCAUAUCAAGGCCAAUACUUUGAAGUGGUACAUCUACCAUGGUUCCAAUAGGAUAAAAGAUAUCAAAAAGCUGGCUGAUUACGAUGUGGUCAUCACCACAUACGGCUCAGUGGCAAGCGAGUUCAACCACAGAAGCAAGAAGAAGCAAGGAGUAUACCCUCUUGAAGAGAUCAACUGGUUCCGCAUCGUCCUUGACGAGGCUCACAUGAUCCGAGAGCAAUCUACGCAGCAGUCAAAGGCCAUAUGCAGAUUAGCCGCUCAGAGACGAUGGGCUGUUACUGGUACGCCUGUCCAGAACCGCCUUGAGGACUUGGGUGCUCUCAUGGCUUUCCUUCGCAUCAAGCCUUUCGAUGAAAGGGGCAGUUUUGCGCAGUAUAUUAUGGCCCCUUUCAAGAUGUGCGACCCCGAGAUUCUUCCAAAGCUGCGAUUACUCGUUGACAGCAUAACACUUCGGCGUCUGAAGGACAAAAUCGACUUACCCCCCCGUCACGAUAAGCUUGUUAAGCUCGACUUUAAUGAUGAGGAGCAGGCAAUGUAUGAUAUCUUCGCCAAGAAUGCCCAGGACAGAGUCAAGGUUAUUGUUGGUCAGCGAGAAAGGACCCUGGGUGGGAAAUCAUACGUCCAUAUCCUACAAUCGAUUUUACGUCUUCGACUGAUCUGCGCUCAUGGAAAGGAUUUACUAAGCGAGGAAGACCUAAAGAUCAUGGACGGUCUAAGCAAGCACUCUGCAAUUGACCUUGAUAGCGACGAUGACGAUGACAAGUCAGCUCUGACGGCCAAACAAGCAUACGAUAUGUAUAAUUUGAUGAAGGAGACUAAUGCCGACAUUUGCGUCUCCUGCAGCCGUAAGAUUGGCCCUAGCGAUGUCGUCGAUUCUGAUGCAGAACCCAAGGACGAGGUCAUUGGUUAUAUGACACCUUGCUAUCACAUCCUAUGCACUUCGUGUAUCGAGAAAUGGAAGUCGGAUGUCGAAGACAUCGCAAGAGGACUUUCGGAGAUUGAUUGCCCAAUUUGCCACCAGACAAUCAAGCUCUCGUACUUCACCCUACGACAGGGAGGCGUCGAAGAUGAGAUGGAUUCACGAACUCAGACAAAGAAUAAUGCCAAGAAUUCUAAGGAAAUUUCCGGCUACAGCGGGCCACACACCAAGACAAAGGCCUUGAUUCAAGACCUUCUUGCUUCCAAAGAAGAAUCGGAACUCCAUCCUCUGGAGCCGCCCAUCAAGAGUGUCGUCUUCUCUGGCUGGACUGCGCAUCUAGAUCUCAUCCAGCUUGCUCUUCAGGAGAACGGUAUCUCUUACACACGCCUCGACGGCAAGAUGUCCCGAGCAGCACGCGGCGCCGCGCUCGACCUCUUCCGCGAAGAUCCCUCCAUCCAUGUCAUUCUGGUAUCCAUCACCGCCGGUGGACUCGGUCUCAAUCUCACCACUGCCAACAAAGUCUACGUCAUGGAACCUCAGUACAAUCCCGCUGCAGAAGCACAAGCUGUCGAUAGAGUCCAUCGAUUAGGCCAGAAGCGACCAGUGGAGACGGUACGCUAUAUCAUGAACAACAGUUUCGAGGAGAAGAUGCUGGAGCUCCAGGAGAAGAAAAAGAAGCUGGCGAGUCUGAGCAUGGAUUCCGAGGGUCGGAAGCAUAUGGAUAAGGCCGAAGCGGCGAGGAAGAGAUUAGAGGAUUUGAGGAGUCUCUUCAAGUAACCACUUCUCUAAUCAUGAGCAUGGGCAUAGUUGCGAGGAAGCACUAAGUGUAAUGGGAACUGGGAUAUUACGGUGGGCGUUAGAGAUACUGUAUGGUAUAGCAUAAAUUAGAGGACCAUGAAAGGCGGCGUUUAGGGCGGGGUAUGGGCAUAGGUUUAGGCAUUCGGCGUUCAGUGCAAGACAUGCUUGCUUUUCAGAUAGAGGGAGUUUUCAAAGAAUCAAGUACAUUUCAAGCGUUAUUCACGGUGAGUGGUAUCAGACGCUCGGCUCUUGAAAAAGGAUGG